GUAUCAGUUCAAAACAAAUCUGAUUUCGAAUAAGACACAUCUCAUCUCAUCUCUCAAUAUGAAGUGGAUUUUUCUCAAUUGCUUUAGGCCGCCAGCGGUACCAAAGGACGCUGGAGAAGCUAUAAAAGCAAAGGAGGAAAGAAAAAAGGAUAAAGAAGGAAAGAAAAAGAAACCCUGGCUGAAGAAGCUUUUUACAAAAAAAGGGAAAGGAAAAAAGGCAAUGGUGGUGGAUAGCCAGACAUUGGCGAUGGAGGACAGCCAGACAUUGGCGAUGGAGGAGGAUAGCCAGACAUUGGCGAUGGAGGACAGCCAGACAUUGGCGAUGGAGGACAGCCAGACAUUGGCGAUGGAGGACAGCCAGACAUUGGCGAUGGAGGAGGAUAGCCAGACAUUGGCGAUGGAGGACAGCCAGACAUUGGCGAUGGAGGACAGCCAGACAUUGGCGAUGGAGGACAGCCAGACAUUGGCGAUGGAGGACAGCCAGACAUUGGCGAUGGAGGAUAGCCAGACAUUGGCGAUGGAGGACAGCCAGACAUUGGCGAUGGAGGACAGCCAGACAUUGGCGAUGGAGGAAAGCCAGACAGUGGAGGUGAAGGAGGAGAGCCAGGCAAAGGUGGAGAAGGAGGAAAGCCAGAAAGUGGCGGUGAAGGAGGAGAGCCAGGCAAAGGUGGAGAAGGAGAAGUACAAGGCAAUGGAGGAGGAGGAGAAGUACAAGGCAAUGGAGGAGGAAUACAAGGCAAUGGAGGAGGAAUACAAGGCAAUGGAGGAGGAAUACAAGGCAAUGGAGGUGGAGGAGAGCAAGGCAAUGGAGGUGGACUUGAGCAAGGCAAUGGAGGAGGAGUACAAGGCAAUGGUGGAGGAGUACAAGGCAAUGGAGGAGGAGUACAAGACAAUGGUGGAGGAGGAGUACAAGGCAAUGGCGGAGGAGGAGUACACAGAAAUGGUGAAGGAGGAGUACAAGGCAAUGGUGGAGGAGUACAAGGCAAUGGAGGCGGAGUACAAGACAAUGGUGGAGGAGGAGUACAAGGCAAUGGCGGAGGAGGAGUACACAGAAAUGGUGAAGGAGGAGUACACGGCAAUGGUGGAGGAGACGUACAAGGCAAUGGUGGAGGAGACGUACAAGGCAAUGGUGGAGAAGAGCAAAGCCGGUAGUGGAUGAGACAGUCAGUGUUCUAUGUUCAAUCAGUACUACUGAAAAAUGUGUAAAUAAUUGUAAAUAAAGCAUUAAAAACGAAAAA